UCGAUCAUCAGUGAGCGUGUCCAGUUGAGCUCUCGAUCCAACAAAACCGACACAAUGGACACUUCCCCUUACAAAUCCUCAACCCCGCCCUCGAGCAGCACCAACCUGGACGCCGUUAUGGGCACCACGCCGAGUGGCGCCAAGACGCACUCGCGCAAACGCAGCAUCAGCGUGAAAAUGGGCGAGGACACCGCCGACCUGCAAAGCAAGCAUAGCUUUCAAAAGAUCAAGACGGUCAUCCUCGUGGGUGGUGUCAUGCAAGGCACGCCCUUCCGCCCCCUCUCCUUCAAGUGCCCCGUGCCGCUCUUGCCCAUUGCCAACCAGCCCUCCAUCAUGCACAUUAUGAGCAAGGCUGCGGCUGUCAAGGGCAUGGCUGAGAUUCUCAUCAUCGGCGGCUAUCAAGAGGCAGACUUUGCCAGCUUCAUUCGCGAUGCCGAGCGGGAAUUGGGCCUGCCCGUCCGCUAUCUGCAAGAGUACACCCAACUGGGAACAGCAGGCGGCAUGUAUCACUUUCGUGACCUCGUUCGCCGCGGCAACCCAGAUGCCGUCUUUGUCGUCCAUGGCAAUGUUUGCUCCGAUGUCGAUUUUAAUGAACUCUUGACCUUCCACUCUUGCGUCGGUGAUGGCCUGCACACCACCAUGCUGACCGUCAAGGCACGCGAAGACCAGGCCAAACAAUAUGGCUGUGUCGUCGCCGACAAGGCCUUUUCCGUCGUCCACUACGUUGAGAAGCCCUCCUCGUUCGUCUCAGAGCACAUCAACACCGGCAUCUACGUCAUGUCCACGGCCGUCUUUGACACCAUCAAGAGCAUCUUCCGCAGCACCGCCGACGGUAUUCAGGAGCGUAUCAUGUUUGAAACGGACGUUGUCCCGCGUCUGGUCAACAAUGGCCAUCUCUUUGCCUUCCCCUCCACUGCUUUUUGGUCUCAAGUCAAGACAGCGGGGUCCGCUGUCUAUGCCAAUCGCCACUACCUGGAGCAGUAUGCCCGCCACGAACCUGAGCGCCUUGCUCGCUCCUCCGAGGAAGGCUUCAAGGUGGUCGGCAACGUCGUGGUGGACCCCUCGGCCUCUGUCCAUCCCUCAGCAAAGCUGGGCCCCAACGUCAGCGUGGGCCCCAACGUCAAGAUCCAUGCCGGUGCCCGUGUCAAGGACACGAUCCUGCUUGACAGCGUUGAAAUGGCGGAGCAAAGCUGCGCGUUCAACAGCGUGAUUGGAUGGAAUUCAACCUUGGGCCGCUGGGCUCGUGUGGAAGGUCUGCCCGUGACUGCUGAUCCCAACGACCCCUCGACGCACAUUAGCCAGCCACCCAUCUUCAAUACCGACGGCAAGCUUGAGCCGAGCAUCGCGGUGCUGGGUGAGGAAGUCGAGGUCGGGGAUGAAAUUCUUAUCCAACACUGCCUGGUCCUUCCCCACAAGCAACUCACCGAGAGCCGCAAGAACGAGAUUAUUCUUUAAACCCUGCCCUGAUUUCCCCCCAAGGCUUUUGCUGCAGGCCUCUUGAUUGAUGGCUUGGCGCACAAAGCCAACCUCCACUUACAGUCUUUGCCUCUCAGGCUUGUCUCGCUUUGGUGCAAAGGAUGAUGCCACCAUUGUCGAUGACUGCUUGAUUGAUUGGUUUCCAGACGUUGUUGGUGUGACGUGUGAAUCGAACUGUGUGGCAACUC